UCAUUCUCCCAACACCAAUAAUGCACUUCCAAAUUCAACCAUACGACGCACGUGUCGCCUGCCCUGUCACUUAUUUAAUUGUUUUGGGUGGUGGUCAGCAAUUAUCCGAGGUUGGGUCAUCAGUAAGUCAACAGAAAAGGCUGAUUAUAGAAUUUGGAAUUAAGAAUCUGAAUGUCGUGUAG